UGGGCUCUCGUGACGUAAUUUUCCCGCCACGGCGAGCAGCGUGGGACUUCCGGGUGCAGUGUGCGGGACUGGGAAACGUGCUUGGGAAAGUGCUUUGCGCGCGAGCUGCCUGAAACAGUACAUUUUAAUUUAUUUUACAUUAUUAUUUUUUUCCACAAGAGCCUUGAGCAUGCCUUCUGUUGAUGACUGGAUUAACAACCCGCUGGGUGUUGUCGAUGGGAUCUUUGCUCAGUUCAGUUCCAGUCCAGACUGGGAGAAGAAAGCAGUGGAAUAUUUCAAAGAGAAACUGAAAGUAAACGAUGCCCAGUCCUGGGUUCCCUCUCUGAAUGAUGUGCCUUUGCACUACCUGAAGCCCAACAGCUUAGUGAAGUUUCGCUGUAUGGUCCAGGACAUGUUUGAUCCCGAAUUCUUCAUGGGAGUUUAUGAAACAGUGGAUCCUUCAACAAAUGCAAAAGUUUUGAGAUGCGGGAAGUACAAAGAUGUUACUGACUGUGGGCAGGUGGAUUUCAACUCAAGAAAAACGGUUACUUCAGAGAGGCAGACUUUUUACUGUGUCCCUAUCCCAGGAGAAUCUCAGUGGGUGAAGGAAAGCUUUGCUGCUGCCAGUCAAGCACGAGUAGUACCCUCCACGUCCUACACUCCAAACAGGCACAAACGCAGCUAUGAAGAGGAUGAAGAAAUGGACACACAGAAUCAGCAGAGUAAAGAAAUCUCUGGUCUACAGAACGUAUCCGACUCCCAUAGGAAUGUAGACUCGAAACGUUUGGAGACAGAAGCUCCUAGUCAGAACACGUCGCCUUCCCACUGUUCAUCUACCCUAGAUCUGAACUUCCCUCUGCCAGGAGAGAAAGGACCAGCCUGCAUGGUUAAGGUAUACAACGAGUGGGACAGCUUCAAACUGAACGACAUGCUGGAGAUCUUCGGCAUUCUUUCAGUCGACCCUGCUCUCAGCUUGGUAGCUGAAGACAAGGAAGCCUCAUCUUUUCUGGACCCCACAGAGAGCAUGGAGACUGUAGAGGAGCAGAGAGCUCACAGUCCUCCUACAUCACUUGUGCCUCGACUACACAUGCUGUACGCUGAGCCGCUACAGCACAACAAUCCACUGCUGCCCUCUGUUUCAGAGGACAAGGGAGCCUUUUCAAACGGUGUCAAAAGCGAGAUGAGUUCAGUCAGAGCCGAGCUGCUCGCUUACCUCACACACGUCUUCCUCGGUGACUCACUGGCGGCUGAGUACCUCAUUCUCCACCUCAUCUCCAGCGUGUAUGCCAGACGAGAUGUUCUUCCUCUGGGAAAAUUUGCACUGAACGUCAGUGGCUGCCCCCACACUUCUCCCUACACAGACCAGCUCUACCAAAUCAUCCAGCAGCUUGUGCCAUCUUCAUAUCGGCUAUGCAUGAGCCUCCAGAACAUGAACACACAGCGAAUGGUUCCACGCAAAGACUACACAGCCAACCGGCUGGUAACUGGAGCUCUGCAGCUGGGCAGAAACACUUCUUUGAUUCUGGAUGAGACACAGCUUGAGCAAGGUCAACUGGACACAACAGGUGUGCGGAACAUUACAGCGUGGAACCUGAUCUCCUGGCAGAAGGUUGAUUACGUUAACUAUCACCAGAUGGAAUUCCCCUGCAAUAUUAACGUUCUCAUCAUGUCCGAGGGCCGAUCACUGCUCCCGUGUGACUGUCAGGUACAUCUGCAUCCCGCUAUGAACCCCCCUAACCUGGAGGAGUACCUAAAGACUCUACAACAUUCACAACUUUCAUCUCAGCUCAACAAAUACCGCGUGUACCUCACCGUGGCUCGCUCACUGGAUUACAGCAUCUCAGACCAAAUUACUAAGGCGGUAGAAGAAGACUUUGUCGAAAUGCGUAAGGACGACCCUCAGAGUAUUUCUGCAGAGGACCUGCACAGGAUGCUGGUAGUCGCAAGACUGCUGUCUUUAAGUUAUGGCCAGUCAACUCUUUCCAGAGAAAACUGGAUGAAAGCCAAGCAGCUGGAAAUUCUGCGGACCAGCCGGACACAACAGACACAACAGCAUAAAUGCGUGAACGGCAACGAGCCUUAAAACUUAUCAGAGUUUCUUAUUAACUGCUUUAGCGGUAACAAUUUGUCUAUUAAGUAUUAGGGAUUUCUCUUUUUGUACAGCACCUAGGUGUUUUAUUUUUUCUUUCUUUCAUUUUUUACUUGACCCUUUUUAAAGGAUUGAGGAAAUAAAUAAAUAAAUAAUUGGGUAAUUUUGAAAAAAUACUAAUUGUCUUGGGGGGGGGGUUUCCACACACGUGCACAUAUAAAUUAAUAAUGUAAAAAAGCUAAUCUGAAGAAGAAAUCCUCCAAGUGUAAGCUGAGCAUUCUAGCUCAGUACAUUAUUAGACAAAAUUCUGAUUAAAUAUUAUUAUACUUCUCCUA